GAACUUAGUGACCUGAAUGUUUCACUUUUUAGACUUUUUUUCAAUUGAGACGCCGUAUCCUUUAAACAUUAUAGUUGAAAUGAGAAUUAUACAGCUACAGCUUUUGCGUGCAUGUGUGUGCUCAAGCUACAAUAACGUCAAAUAAAUUGAUACAAUUUAACGAUAGCUUGAGGGCAAAGUGUUAUUUGUUUCCAUAGUGUAUGUUGCUGUAGUUUAUUUGUAUUCUAUGGUUUAUUAAGAUGACAGUGAUUGGCUGGACACACACCUCUGCAUGAAAACAUAACAUCCAAAAAAUCUCCUUAGAUGUAAUUACACUAGGAGGAGUCGCCAUGCUAAAUGCUAAUGGCGAGCGAAACUGGGCUAAUAGUUGGCAAUGAUUUAACGUCAAGAUAGAACGCCGUUACGUCGGAAAACCAGGAGCCGGUGGCACGGUAGCAAGUUUACCCCGCUCGAAGCUUCAUUAUUCACCUCGUCGAUAAGGAAACAAUGAUCAUAAUAACAGCAAUAAGGCGAGAGUUGUCAAGUUACCUUGAGAGUAGUUGUCACUGUCAACCGAGGAGGGCUUAGCUAAACGUGCGAUCCAGCACACAUUACUGUAACAGUGUACACGGCCGCGGAGAGACAUUCGUAUUAAAAGCCAAAUAAUCCAGAGGUAAGCAGCCGAGGAGUGGCCGAAAAGCCACCGAUUGUCGGUGUUUCUCUUUUAUUUUCCAUCGCUUCGUUUCUUUUGACGCUAGCAAAGUGUCGUCGAAAUGAGCACACAUAUUAACAUUUGGAGGCUCCCUUAAGGUCCAGCCAGCGCAAGGAUUUUUUUCCUGCUCUCCUCCUUCGUUAUAAAGUCGCCAUUUUGCUUCACUGCCUCUAUAAACCAUCCGGUAUUCCAAUAUUUUUCCUCAAGGAGUCAAGGAUUUUGCUAUCUUUUCUGGCUAUUUUUGGAGUGUUUAACGACAAGCUUGGAGCGGUGCCUUGUGGUAUAUACUGUACAUGUUAAUGCAGCAAAGGAAGGGGGCACGGCCAGGCUAAAGUGCCCUGGAUUGUUUUGCUCAUUUUUGCAGGGCUUUUUUUCGUGAAUUGUGGACAAGACGACAGUGUUUCCUCCAUCACCAGUUGUUGACACACCGCAAGGCGGGAUUGCAAUGUAACAAAACAUUGGCGGAUAAACGCCCAGUCACUGGACCCCUUCCUCGUUCACCUGGCUGACCUGGGGCCAGCCGGCCCUGAGCGCUGGCUGACCGGCCAACACUUCAGGCAUGGAAAGCCCCAGUGGCACCAGGCUUGGGAAGCUGUCAACAUCAGGGCUGCCAAGGGGCCGGACCUCUAAGCAUGGACAUCCCCAGGAGCCUGUUAGAACUGUGCCAUGCCCUGAAAACAACAACAAACACACUCCUGUAUGUGACGAAGCAGCAGAGGGGAAGAGGAAAGGUCGUCCUAAAGCAGAAGAGCAGGAACUGAGAAGCAUCCCUCCCCACAUGAUUAUACAGUGGAAGGAAGAGUUUAAGCGUCGCUCCAGAGUUAAGUGUCCAUGUUCAGGAUGCUGGUUAGAGUUUCCCAGCAUCUAUGGCGUAAAGUACCACUAUCAACGCUGCCAGGGGACCACAGUUACUGAGAGGCAGAGCCAUAGCUGUCCCUAUUGUGAGGCAGUGUUUGCAACAAAGGUUCGCCUGCAGAAGCACAAGCUCUGGAACCAUCCAGACAGGGUUACUUUGGAGUCUAGGGAUGAGCAGCUGAAGCUCCAGAAGACCGCUGUCAAGUUCAGCAGUGUCAAAAGGCCCCUGGAAAACAGCCCCCCAUCUCCAAUGUUCUUCAAAGUGAAAAAAACCCUGGAGGUAUCUACCCCGUCUCACAAUGGAGAGCUGACCCACCAGAGGAGUGACAGGAAACAGCACAGCCAACCUUCACUCCAGAGACACCACUCUCAGUCAGUCCAGCCUCAGUUUGAGCAGUCUCAAAGCACAUCAUCUGAUGCGGGGGGAAGUGAAAGCGAAGGUGGCAGCCUUCCGCCAUCUUAUGCUGAUGAAGACCCAGAGCGAAUGAAACACCGACGGAAGCAGAAAACACCCAAGAAAUUCACUGGAGAGCAGCCUUCAAUCUCUGGAACCUUUGGAUUGAAAGGUAUGAAUAAAGUGGAGGAAAAGCUGAAGGCAAGCCGUGUGAAAAGGCCAGAGGGGAGUGGUUUCAGCGAGGACCCUCACAGACGACCAACUGCAAAUCAGUCAUCUAAUAAACAUACAGCCGCAACAAGUUCAGGGACUGUUUCUGAUGUUCAGUGGCAGAAAGCCAUCUCAGAGAGAGGCGAAGUGGUGUGUCCCACCUGCUCCAUCGUGACUCGGAAAACCAUCCACGGCUUGAAGAAACACAUGGAGAUUUGCCAGAAGCUCCAAGAGGCCCUGAAGUGCCAACAGUGCCACAAACAGUUCAGAUCCAAGGCAGGACUUAACUAUCACACCAUGGCAGAACACAACUCCAAGCCCUCAUGGAGUGAAGGCCAGAUGGAGGACGAGCAUGAGGAGAGAGAACGACUACGGCGAAUACUCAAACAGAUGGGAAAAAUCAAAUGUCCCAGCGAGGGCUGUUCAGCUCACUUCGCCAGUCUAAUGGGCUACCAGUACCACCAGAAGCGUUGCGGACGUGAGGUCUCUGAUGAUGAGAAACGAGUGUUUCUAUGCCAGCACUGUGGAAAAACAUACCGCUCAAAGGUUGGCAGGGACUAUCAUGUACGCACUGAACACUCCCCAACCAUCACUGCUAUUAUGUCAGCCACCUGCAACAGCAAAGACAGUAGCACUGACACCAACAACAACACUGGUAAAGAGAGGGUAGCCUCUGAUAGGUUGUCAGGAGGAAAGAGGGAGCAAAACCAGCCUGGGUGGUACCAAAAAGCACCAGUGGCUCAAGAGAAAGACAAAGUCAAAGACAAGGACAUUCAAGGAAAGGAUCGAGCCAAGGAAAAGGCAGUGCAGAAUGAAAGCCUGGCAGAGGAUUUUGAACGGACCCCUAGUGGCAGAGUGAGACGCCGGUCAGCUCAGGUGGCAGUCUUUCACCUGCAGGAGAUUGCAGAGGAUGAGCUUGCCAAAGACUGGGGCACCAAGCGUCGCAUCAAGGAUGACCUGGUGCCUGACAGCAAAAGGUUGAACUACACCCGCCCUGGCCUUCCUAGCUUCAGCAGGGAGCUACUAGAGACUUGGAAGAGCCAAGUCAAGGAAAAUGGCUUCAUCUGCUGCACCAAUGAAAACUGUGAUGCUGUCUAUUCCAGUGUGUCUGGACUAAAAGCCCACCUUGCCAACUGUAGCCAGGGUGGUGGAGGACUGGCAAAGUACACAUGCCUGAUCUGUCAGAAGGAGUUUAACUCAGAGAGUGGUGUGAAGUACCACAUCAGCAAGACACACUCACAGAACUGGUUCCGUGCAUCAGACAGUGAAGGGAUCUCCAGCAGCAAGAGUAAACCUAUGGAGGACAAUGGCAUUAAAGCAGAUGUGAGGAAUGGCGCCACCACUGGUAAGAAGCGGGGCCGCAAGCCCAAAGAGCGCUCCCCUGUGGUUGUUGCUCUUGAAACACAAACUGAAGCACCUAUUGCAAAUGAAGACUCACUCCCUGACAUGACCCCGUUCUCUGACUCAACACAGUCCCCCACACAAAACCCAGAUUUUACGGACAUUACUAACCCAGACCUGAACAGACAGCCCAAUGCCUCCACUGCACGAAGAAGCAAGCUAAACAGGCUGCCAUUGUCUGAAUAACUUUUGUCAAUGAAGGAAUCACAGAGAACGGCUGCUCAAAAUGUUGUUGAACUUCACAAAAACCUCGCGCUGAGAAAACAACUUAGUCAGCCAUUAAAAAGUUAAAAGUACAAAGUAAUAUGGCUGCGUUUUUAAGAAGUACCCAUGUAACAGUGUGUUUUCCAUUCCAUUUAAGGCACCCAUUUCAGUUCCCACACUCGGCAGGAGUUUCACAAAAAUCAGUGACUUCCACAAUGUUGACUUCCACUUCGAUAGCCUCUUCUCAAGAAAAGUAGUGUUUCCUAUAAGUGGAGGGUAUUUCUCUUGAAAAAACUCGUGUUGAAAACAGAUUCUCUGUUAGCAUGGUCAUGUAAUUAUGCUCGUAUAUACUGUACUCUGUACAUAACAAUAUCUGUAUACAACUAUAUACUCCCAAGCAAUGAUGCCAUCUAUUAUCUAAUAUCUAAAAAACCUCAUGGAUCAUGUUUAGUCACAAUGUUUUGUGUGAUGUCUGAUGUUCUCAUUUUUUGUCCCUUUUUUGUCUUUUUGUACUUGGACUUUUUAAUGAAGCCAAUCACAAUUGAGCUAAAUUCAUGGUCGGUUUUUAACCAUAUUUCACAUUUUUUUGUCUUUGUAUCACUUGAAAGGUGUAUUGCUUUUAAAUCCAUAAUUAAGUGCGAAAAACAUGAUUUACAAAUUGGUUUACACUGACUUUAGAAAAUCAAAUAGGGAUUGUUUUCUUCUGUUCUUCUGUCAACGUCAACAUACAGUAUGUCAUAGAGUAUAAUUUAAUUGAAUUCAACAAAAAAAAAGCUUGAAAUGUUAUGACUAAAGUCAGAAUAGCAAAGCUAAUUGUUUGACAGAAGGAUGAUAGUGGAGCUCGUUGCACUGUUGCAGCACAAUCAAAUGAGGUAAAACCUUUUUUUUAAAAAAAGAAAAAAAGAGGCCGUAUUUUGGCUAUUGCUUUAUCUUGAAUCAAAGUAAUGAGAAGAGAAUGAAAAUAUUAUCUUUUAUAGAGGUUUAAGAGAGUGAUCUUUUAUUCAAUAGAAACAUUGCAAAUGAGGAUUUGCAUAUACUGUAUAUGAACUCACACCUCGAUGUUCAAAAUUAUUGCAUUGCACUUUAACCCUUGUCGUUCCCCUCUUGUGAUUUUGCACUCCUAGAUACUUUAAUCUCACCUAGUGGCUACCAGACAUAGGAACAAAUACACUUAUAGAUUAUAUUUAUGAAUAAUGGAUAUCUUUUAAUGUUAGCGUCAUGAUCCAGCAUGAGUAUACAGUUUGCACUCACCACACAAAGGCAGAACUGCCACCUCCUUGUAGUUUUUGAUGACAUGUUUAAGAGAUACGAAUCCAAUAUGAUCAAAUUACUUUAAUAAAAGUGUGCAAUCAGAGAGAGUACUAGAACAGAUACUUGAAUCCACUGUUGUAUUAAUGAGUUGCGCAAAUGAAGAGUUAACAAAAACUGCCUUCCCAAUAAUAAUAGACAAAAUAAAUCAUGUCAAAUCAAAAACGUUCAAUUGUCCACCAAACCGUCUCAUCAUGACUCCUCCAGAAUUUGUACCAACAAAAGUUAAAUGUCAUCAUUUCCAUCAAGCCAUGAUGUCCACAUUUUGAUGAAUAGCAUAAUCAGAUAUGUGCUUGCGUCCCAAAUCACACACGCGACGUUUUUAUAGUGUAAAGCUAAGAUAUGGGAUCUUGGUUUCACUUAAUCAACUGAUGGGAUGUAUUCAGGUGGAGCUGAUUAUGCAUGUGUCUGUCUCUGUUAUUGGGAUGGACUCCUCCUUCUGUCCAGGUUUAGCUGGUGAAGAUUUAUUAGAUAAGCACUGAUUUCAUUUCCAUAUGAGUAGUCCACAACGUGACUGUGUGUAUUUUAACAUUUAGCACCUUUGUUAUGAUUGGAAAUCGGGAGUCUGCGACACUUAGUUAAGUUUUAUGAGGUGGCACAGAAUCAACUGCUUGUUACUCAUGUUAACAUCCCUUUUACCUGGCAAGCUUUGGUGUUGCAAUAUGAUAGUUUAGCACUGCUUUUACCUGGGUAUUUUAUAUUUUAACACACCCUUUACAGAAAUUUCUGUCUUCCUAUGAUAUGGAAAACACAUAUCUAUCCCGCAGUGUGUGCUAACUGCAACAGUUUAGAGAGUAAAGCAAUACACCAUGUUUAGCUGAUUUUGUCUGCUUGCUGAUAUUUUGAUAUUGGUGUGUGUUCUCAAAAUCGUAUGGCUUUUCUCAAACAUUGAUUUAUUGCUUGUUUGUUCUGAAAGUACUUUUUACAUAUAAAAUUUAAAAUAUAUAUGUUUGUAGACCACAAAUAUGCUUAUGUGUCUGCAUACACUGUUUUUUUGUCCUUUUUGAUGAUGCACAUAAGCAAGUUUUUUCAGUACACAAUGACAAACGCAUAGGGAUUGUCCUUCAUUCUUACUUAUUCAAUAUAGGACAACAAGGCAUAUGUAUAUGUGUUUGUUUCUGUAUUUAGUGCACUUACUAUACCAUGAAAUAGGCUUGAAGUAGGAGUGUUGUUGGAGCUUUCUAGUGGUCUGGACUGUGUGUGGUGUGACUUUUGUAAGUGCAGAAGCAGCAGACUCAAGUGUCUUCCCUUUGUUGUUACCUAAAAUCGAGGUUUGUUCAUUAUAAUCCAUUAAGACUGCCUCAGAAUGUGACCCUUUCAUUUGGCUUUGUAUGCUACCUACUUUAAAAUGAGUGAAUUGAAUUGGUCUCUUUUGCAGGUGCCAUCACAUUGUAUGAGAAUUCUAAAAGAUUGUGUUGUAGCCCACCAAGCAAACUGACUAAAUGAGACUAAUGAUGUAGUAAAGAUGUCCAUAUCUGGAAUACACUUCUGUUGUAUCUAACAGAGGAGGUUUCCCCCCUCCUUUGAGUCUGAACUGUUACAAUUUUACCCCAAAUUUAUUGUAUGAACUGUGCAUUAUUCCCUCAAUUAAUAAAGUU